CCCGCCACAUCCCCGCACAUGGCCGGGACCGAAGGGGAAAAACAAUUUCUUCCGUGGAGGCUGUACAAUGAGCGGAUGCCCCAAGGGAGACUCUGAAAUGCAACAUGUGAAUUCAUAAAGCCUAUUCGAAAACCAUGGCUUUGACACAGUUUCUUUCCAGGGGUCCUUAUUUUCUGAAAUCUUUAACAGCGCCCAGUUUGGGAAGAAUAUGGAAGAUUCCUAUAUGUUCUUGGAAUAAUUAUUUAAGAAAGGUCUCCUUUCACGGUGGCAAAUCUGUUUCUACUAAAAUAGUUCUGGGAAUAGAAACCAGCUGUGAUGAUACAGGAGCUGCUGUGGUAGAUGAAACUGGUAGCAUUUUAGGAGAAGCAUUACAUUCUCAAACUGAUGUUCAUUUAAAAACAGGUGGCAUUAUUCCUCCAGUAGCACAGCAGCUUCACCAAGAAAAUAUCGCAAGGGUAGUACAACAUGCAGUCUCAGCCAGUGGCGUCAGCAUGGAGGAUAUCUCGGCUGUUGCAACAACUGUGAUGCCAGGUCUUGCGUUGUGCCUUGGAAUUGGAUUGAAAUACAGUUUAGAACUGGUGAAGAAGCAUCAGAAACCUUUUAUCCCUAUCCAUCAUAUGGAAGCACAUGCGCUCACCGUCCGACUGACGGAUCUCGUCCCAUUUCCUUUUCUUGUCCUUUUACUCUCGGGGGGUCAUUGUAUACUGGCAGUAGCACAAGGAGUUUCAGAUUUUCUUCUCCUUGGACAAACAAAGGACAUCGCGCCAGGGGACAUGCUUGACAAGGUAGCUAGAAGUCUUUCUUUACAUAAUCAUCCAGAGUGCUCUGGCAUGACUGGUGGGAGAGCAAUAGAAACCUUGGCUCAGCAGGGUGACAUUCUGCGAUACAAAUUCACAAUCCCCAUGCAGCGAUACCGUGAUUGCACCUUCUCUUUUGGUGGUCUGCGAAGCCAAAUCACUAGAAAGAUUUCAAAAGAAGAAAAGGCAGAAGGCCUUCAGGAAGGGCAACAUCUCUCCUGUCUUCCGGACAUUGCCGCGGCAGCCCUGUAUACCAUGACUGUUCACAUUGUUGAGCGAACCCAUCGGGCUAUUCUCUUCUGCAAAGAGAAAGGAAUCAUACCCCCAGGGAAAGAAACUUUGGUAGUUUCAGGAGGUGUUGCAAGUAACCAAUAUGUCCGUAGAUCUCUGCAACUUCUAGCAGAUGCUACUAAUUUCACAUUGGUUUGUCCACCUCCAAAGCUUUGCACUGACAAUGGUGUUAUGAUUGCAUGGAAUGGAAUUGAAAAGCUUUCUGCAGGAUUAGAUAUCUUUCAUAAUGUAGAACAUUUCAGAUAUGAACCAAAAGCUCCACUUGGAACUGAUAUCUCAGAACAAGUAAAAGACGCUUUCAUCAAAGUGCCAGCAAUAAAUCUAGCAGUAUGAUGUUUGGCAUUUUUAAAUUAUUUGGAACAAAGUGAAUGUCAUUUUCAAAAAGUUUUUAAUGGGGACUCCAGUGGUUUAAUGGUAACUAUUUGCAGAAAUAAAAGGAAUGGAUGUUAUGCA